AUGGCGGUGCCGACGGCCUGGCUGAGGAGCAUCGACCGCGGGGAUGUGAGGGUGAGAUAGCCCGUCUUGAAGUCGUGCAUCAGAUCGGCGGCCAUGUAGACGACGGACUUAAUCAGCCCACAGCCGAUGAGCCCGGCGACCACGCCGUUGUUCUCUCCCGCGACGGCGGCGAGGAUAAACAGGGCGGCCUUCCCAUAG